AUGGAUUUACCCAAUGAGAACGCUUACAACUUUCGAGUUGUAAGCGACAAAACGGACGAGGGCGGCUUCGUUUCGGUUGCUAUACCGAAGGAAGCCCUCGAGUACAGGUUCGUUGAGGGAUACGGUUGGUGUGUUUGCAUACCCGAUCUUCGGGAUGUUUCACAAGAUCCCCAAACAAGUGAUGAUGAUGAUGAAGAUGAUGAUGAUGAUGAUAGUGAUGAUGAUGAUAGCGAUGAUGAAGAUGAUGAAGAUGAUGAAGAUGGGGAUGCUGAUGAAGAAGUAGCUGAUAAUAUCAAUGAUGAAGAAGAUAAUGUUGAAGAAGAAGAAGAUCAUAUUGUAGAAGAAGAAGAAAAGGAAGAAGAGGAGGAAGAAGAAGACGAAGAAAAAGAAGAAGAAGAAGAAGAAGAAAAAGAUGAAGAUGAUGAAGAAGGAUUGAAUUUAAUGAUCUUGGUGCUGCUGUUCGGUGGAAUUUUGCUGUCAUGUAUUAUUCCAAUGGCAUACAACUACUUCUGCCCAGCACCAGUGGAGGACGUUGGAUGGUGGCAGUCCAUCUCUGAAAUCAUCUACCCACAGCCAGUUGUGGACACCUCUUGGUGGGGAACCAUCAAGAGUGUCAUUUACCCACAACCAGUUGUGGACAACUCUUGGUGGGGAACCACCAAAAGUUGUUUCACCUGGCUGUGGUAA